AUGCCUUCUUACCACAGCUGGGGGGCAGCUGCCCAACACCCACGACUUCCCCCGACGCCUCCAGAGUACCAGACCGCCUACCUCACGCCCUUGAGUGCAGUCUCUGACCAAGGCUUCUAUCCUUCGCAAGGCUAUCACUCCCGCCGAUCACUCUCGUCCCGGGACUACAACGAUAGAUAUCAGCCUCCGCCGGCCUACACUACUCAGCCGCCCCUAGGUGGGCAAGUGCCGCGAAUCGGGCAUGCUCAUCCGCCUCAAGAAUACCCUUAUCCUCAACCCUAUCAUAUGCAUGGUUCGUCGUACUGGACGAACGCGGUCGGGGCGCCAAUUCUCCCUCCCAUCCGUGUCACUGAGGCUAUAGAUCAUUUCCCAGCACAUUACGGAGCACAGCACACCGAAUCGAAGCCGAAGGAGGACAAGCCUACGGGAGGCGUAGCGCAGCACCUAGAUUACGACAUGGACCUCAUGUCCAGCUUCGUGGCCGAGAUGUCCCAGAAACUUGUAACACCAGAAUCUGCACCAACAUCUCAGUUCCGCAAAUAUGUGUCCCAGAUCCUAUCCUCUACUCGCCUGCCGAGCUCUACAAUCAUGCUCGGGCUAUUUUACCUGGCCUCGCGCAUGAGGCAAGUCAACGAACGCGGGCAGUCAACAUCAUCCUCUGGCACUGUCUAUCGCAUGCUCACUACCUGCCUCCUUCUCGGGAGCAAAUUCCUUGACGACAACACCUUCCAGAACCGUUCUUGGGCCGAAGUCAGCAGCAUUCCAGUCCACGAGCUGAACAUGAUGGAAUUGCAGUGGCUGACGGACUUCAACUGGGAGAUUCACGGCAUGAUGUACGACGAGGAUGAAGGCUUUUUCAUGUGGGUCGAGCACUGGCAUGCCUACGAAGAAAAAGCACAGCUGGCCAAGGUCAAGGAGCUGCAAAAGCUUGCUCCAAUCGAGACGAAUCUUCACCGCCAUCAUGCUGUCCAGCAUCAGCCACUUAUGUCCCCUGAGGGCCCUAUUCCACCUCAGUAUCAACAAGGCUCGCAAUACGAUACCCGCUGGGUUCGGCCUUACAUUUCGGAAUAUUCACCCCCGUCUGCCCCACACAGUGGUCCAUCAACGCCAGACUACUAUAAUGCUUCUUGGUCUUUUACACCAACCGGUCCUCCCCCAUAUGGGCGCCAACAGUAUCAUUCCGAAAGUGGAUCGGUGUACUCGGCCCAACGCAACCAGCUGCCCACGUAUGCCCAGACGUUUGGCUAUGGUUCGGGUCUGACCCCAACAUGGGUGUCUCACGGGCCCAACUGCGGCUGCAGUCUCCAUGCCAAGCACUCGGACUAUUAUUUCAAUCACCCCGGAUACGCCAUGCAAACUGUGGUGGGUUAA